AUGCUGGCGGUCACGAACGAGCGCAUGCCAACCCGGAGCCAUUGGUCUUCAACAUUCAUUUCGAGGAUCGGACAUACACCAAGCGGCCUCGACUACUUGACGUUUGCGCGUUGGGAGAAUGUGAAGGACCUCCUGGAAGGAUUCGAAGGCGAGAGCGCAACCAUCAAACAGCUGUGGGAUGUACGCGAAGACAUGCCCAUCUGCAGCGGGGACUGGGACGCUCGUGUGCAUCCAGGGAUGGAGAUUGAUGUUAUUUGCUGGAAGACGGACAUGUGGGAAUACGACUCAGGUCUGAGCAGUGAUGACGAGGAAGAUGCGAAGGGUCAUGCGCAGGGUUGGGAAGACGUGCACCUCCACGGACGGCGGUGGUGGUUCGGGGCGUGGAAGAGAAAAGUUGAGCAAGAGGUGGCAAAGAGCACCUCGUCAGUCAGAGAUCCGUCGCGCGGAGAGAUAUUGCUCGGUGUGCUGGCAAUGGCAACAUUCGUGGGCAUGGUUGUGCUUGUCUGCACAGUGUGA